UUUUCUCGGGAUUAUGUCAUCUGGCGGCCGAUCGAUCCCUUUGGCUGCUCGUGUCGUCUUCCCGCGAGCGAAGGCUGCUGUGCUCGCUGUUGCUGCUGAAGGAGCGAGAGAUCGCACGUCUGAGGUGCCGGAGCUUGCAGAGAUCGGGAAGAAGGCAGGCUCGGCGGCUGGGAGUCUGGGAAAAGCUCUCUUCUCCAGCAGGCGCGUCUCCUCUCCACGCCCCUCACACCACCCCGUCGACCCGAUCGCUUCUCCCGGCGCUUCUCGCCGCUGCCUUCCGCGGCUGUGGCUCGGCGGAUCUCCUUGUCUUUGGGGCUCUCCCGCACCGGAGCCGGGCGGAUGCCGCCGCAGCAAGAAGGCGAAAGCGGCUACAUCAGCAAGCCGCUGCCGGGCGGCUGCGAAGUGGUGCCUCCGGUGCCUCCGCGUCGGGUCCGCAGCAGCCGAGCGGCGGCGCUGGGGGCUGCCUUGGGGAGCCGCUGCCGGGCUGGAGCGAGCGGUGGGGCCGGAGCCAUCGGAGCGGAGCCCCGGCGGAGCAUCAAGUGUGUGCUGGUGGGAGACGGCGCGGUGGGGAAAACCAGCCUGGUGGUGAGUUACACCACCAACGGCUACCCUACGGAAUACAUCCCUACCGCCUUCGACAAUUUCUCAGCUGUAGUGUCUGUAGAUGGCCGACCAGUGAGACUCCAACUCUGUGACACAGCCGGGCAGGAUGAAUUUGACAAGCUCCGCCCACUGUGCUACACCAACACAGACAUCUUUUUGCUGUGCUUCAGUGUAGUGAGCCCUUCAUCUUUCCAGAAUGUGACCGAGAAAUGGGUCCCUGAAAUCCGAUGUCACUGCCCCAAGGCCCCUAUUAUUCUCGUCGGGACCCAAUCGGACCUCCGAGAAGACGUCAAAGUACUCAUUGAGCUUGACAAAUGCAAAGAGAAGCCUGUGGCAGAGGAAGCCGCAAGGCUGUGUGCCGAGGAAAUAAAAGCCGCCUCUUACAUCGAGUGCUCCGCUCUGACUCAGAAAAACCUCAAAGAAGUCUUUGAUGCAGCCAUUGUGGCUGGCAUUCACUACUCGGAUACUCAGCAACAGCCAAAGAAAUCCAAAAACAGGACUCCAGACAAGAUGAAAAACCUCUCCAAGUCCUGGUGGAAAAAAUAUUGUUGUUUUGUAUAGGGUGGAGGGUUUUUUUUGUUUUUGUUUUACAAAGGCCUUGGAAAUGGUGGUUUAAUCACUGAGGGCGGUUUGAGGUGACUUUGGCUGAGAAUCUCUCUCUAUUCCAGAGUGCACAGUGAAGAUCUACCCCUAAACAUGCUGCUAAAAUUAUCUCUUUCCAAAGGAGAUGGAGAAGAGCGUGAGCUGAGAAGCUGAGGUUGACCAAACUGAGGGUUUUCCCACUAGUGGUAGUUUCUUUGUUGAGGACCGCUGGGCCUACACUUUGGAACUGAAAGUUGAACCAUGAAUUCACUGUAUACAGGUGUAGGAAGGGUUCUCCUAAGACGUCUGCACAACGAGUGUGAGGAACUACCACCUAGUCAAAUUAUUGUUUUCCAAGUGGAUGUCUAAAACUGUGCCUCUUAGGACAUUUGGCUCAAAACAGAGAAUUUCCCUGCCUGCAUUUUUAAUCUUGUAGGCUUCAGCCCGUUUCUGAAAUGUACAUGGUGCAGCUAAAUUAGCAGAAACUGCACGUGAAUCUGAUAUAUUUUUCUUAAAAACGAUAUGCCUACUUCAUGCACAGUGUGGGGAUGUCAUAACAAAUAGAGCAGCUGUGCAAAAUUGUAUCUUUCUUGUAUACCCUGACUGACAGAUCCCUUUUACACCAUGAAAUGUGCAUGCUUGUUGGCUUGGAAAAAAGAAGAAAUCAUAUUUUGAAUAGCAAUGGGCUUCUUUUCUAUUUAUAGAGGAUAUAUGACAGUUUAUUCAAAGAGGUAUCAGUAUCUGCAGAAAUACGGUGCAAAUCAGGGCUAGUCUGACUUACCAUUGGUCAGUUGUAAUCUAUAACAUGAAAGGUUCUAAUUUGAGGAAAUCUUGUUUAAAUUCACAUGGAAACUUUUUGCCAUAAGAUAAUCUCAACUAAUUUUCUUCUUUGCUGAGUCAGGUAUCACAAAGCUGUGUCAUUGAAACAAUAUUUGCUCAUGUAAGAUAAACUGGAAUGGAAAAAAAAACUUAUUAUCUGUUCAAAAUUCCAGAAAGUCUAUUUUUUUUUAAGUCAGGAAAUUUACUCUGAGUAAAUGUGCGUAGUUGUUGGGAAAUGACUUUCCUUCAAAAGAUGCCAAAUCUUUUACCGGCAAUGUUCAUGUAGCAAUAAAUGAUGGCAAACACUGAUUUACCAGUGCUCAUAACUACUUGGAGGACAUGCUUUUGUACAAGUUUUAUUUGGUCUUCCAUAUUUGAACAAACUGAACUUUGGCUAAAUGCCACUUAUUUUGGUGGCUUGGGUGACUUUAGGACCAUGCGAAGAAAAACAAAACCAAGACAGCCUUUCCUUGCAAUAGAUUAAACUAAACUGCAUCUGAACUGUUGUAGAUUUAUUAUGUAAUUGCACAUCUGUUUUGGGGAUUCCUGUUCUAAUUAAGUAAUGCAAUACAGAGAUUAAUUUAAACUAUAAUUGGGCUACUUUAGUAGCUUGUUUUUUCUGUCUAAUUUUUCUCCCUUGCUUUUGAUGUAGCCCUUUGCAUUUAAAGUAUGAUCAACCUAUGUUUGAACUUAAGAAAUAAUUCUUUAUCAUUCCUGGAUGAGCCUUGAUUUCAAGUAUUCUUUUUCCACAUGGCUCUCUUUUUUAUAUAGAUAGAUACAUUCAUGUGCUAGGAUAAAAUAACCCAAUUAUUAACUUUUGUUUAUAAACUAACUACAUUUCACUAUAACAUCUGAAUGGGAAUUCUAAUUUUUAAAAGCAGAUUUUUUAAAUGCCGGGAAUAAAACAUGUUGGAAUAGAUUUUUGUCUUAAAAAAAACAACACCACACUACAGGAUCAUUAGCACACCGUGGCUGGUGCUAACCAUAGCUUAGCACUGAUCAAAUGGGUCAUUGACUUCUCUCCCUUCUACAAACCACCAGUAAUUUAUUUUGCAUCACCUGUAUCAUGCAAAAGUAAUAUGAUGGCUACCUCAUAUCAGAUGCCUGAGAGAUAACCAAAACUAAACCAGGAUUAUAGAUCCUAGAUCAUGUGACUGCACUCCAGCAAGAAUUUCUGCAUCACCCUGAACAACUCUUAUGAAUAUCAGGUUAGCAAUUUGUCAUCCGUUAUCUUCCAUAUUUCUUUUACCACUAUACAGAUUUUCUUCUGUUGCAAUGUAGUUUUGUUUAUUUUAGACUUCGUAUGAUACAUGACCAGACAUUUGGGUUAAGAGUUUUGUAUGAAUUAGGCCAUUGGGACUUGUUUAAUAAGCCAUGUUAAGAGGUGUUUAACAAACCAUAUUUUGAUUAAUCAUGUUGCCUAAAUUGCAGCAUUGCAAUCAGAGGCCCAUAUCAAAUGAAUAUUGUAUGCAUCUGAUGAAGUGGAGGUAAUUGACAAAUCAAAUAAUUUUUAAUCCCUUAGUAUCUUUGUGAUUAUGCUGCAGCAAAUUCAUAUAACUAACCUACCUGUAGGAUUGCUGGUUUCUUUCCACUAAGUGUACUUGCAUUGGUAUCAGAGGAACUGUAGAUAAUUGAAGAUACAAAAGCUUUGAUUUCCUCCUGAUAGAUAAAUAUUGAUGUUGGUACUUCCACAACACCAUUGUAUCUGAAUUGGCCUCACUGGAGUCCAUAGUUACCAUCUGGGAAAAAGGAUAAAUAAAACUGACAUGAGAGGCCUGUAGAUGGCUACCAAAUUUGUUUCAAGUCUUGUGUAAGAUGCCAAGUUGAAAACUUCCCAGUUACCUGAUGGUCGAGGUGCUGAAAACUUCUGCUGUCUAGGAAUCCAUUUUAGCUCAACUUUGGGACAAGUGUUUUUAUGUCCUUUAAGCCGCCUUGAGUCACCAUGUGCGAGUAGGCGGCAAUAUACAUUUUCUAAAUAAAUAAAUACAUGAGUAGUUGCCUAAGAAAUUGAUUAAAGAUCUUGAGGUUUAAAAAAAAACAGGUUGAUUAGGAUGUGCCUCUUAUUGUAAAGUCAUGAAUUCUAACUUUUAACAGAAAUAAGGGCAUAUAGUAAUUGCAUGUACAAAUGUGUAAAUUAGGGGGGGGGGAAGCAGGGCAAAGAAUUCAUUUCAGGUGGUUCUUCACUGCACAUAUCAUUUAGACUUUGAAUCUUUUCUCUUCCACCUGUGCUAUGCAAUAGCAUGUUCAACCUUUUACCUGCCAGCUGUCUUGGACUAUAAACAUCAGUAUCCACAGUGGCUGGGAAGACUCUGAGUCAUAGCCUAACGUAAUCUGAAAGGCACAGACUGAGCAGACUGCUUCAUGGUAUCAUCUUUCCAUCCAUUCACAUACAUGCAGUAGAAGAAAAAAAAUAGAUGUGUGAUCAUCUUUAGAUAAUAAGUGAAAGACAGCAUGGAUACCUAACGGUGUGACCAAGUGUGGCUAAAGAGCAGUUCUCUGCACCCUCCAGGUUUCCUGUCCUGUUUCACAUCAAUUGAUUAGUGUUUUUUUUUUUAAAUGGGCAAUUGACACAUUGCAAAGGAAAGUACUAACCUUUGGCACCCUCUGAAUUUAGAACACUCUUUGGAGAUUACAGACAUUGUUCAAAACUAAAGGCAAUAGCUGUCUGUAGCCCAGGACAUUGUCCUUG